AUGGCCUUCAGUGCCGUCUUCUGGUCAAUGCGCGUCCAAAUCACGUACCGCGCGCAGUUACCGUCAUCGCUUUCCUUCGUUUCCGUCGCUGACUCAUCGUCGGUGCCUUUGUCCUUGCUUUUGCUGUCGCCAUUGUCAUCCUCCGACGCGUCGGAAGCCCCCUGCCGCAAACACUUAUCGUCGCGCCUGUGCUGCGCAAUGCUGCGGAGCGCCAGCGCCAGCGUCAUGCCCGUCGCCAUCGGGAACACAACGGCGCUCUCCAACGACGGCGCCCCCGCGAGCCGCAGCAGGUCCAGCAUCAUGUCGUUCGUCAUCUGGUAUAGCAGACUCGAGCCCGCCGCCUUGGGCUGGUCGCUUAGGAUGUCGCCCGAGCGGCCGAUGCCAUGGGCAAGGCCGUAG